AUGCGCGACCAUGUAUAUCAACGAUUACACGUGCUUCGCAUUUUGCGUACGAUGCUUCUCGGUCGCAAGAGCCUGGCAAUAGGCACUGCGGUAUUGUUAUUAUUUUCUGCCAUCCUCAUCUUCCACAUCUUUCCUGGCUCAAGAGACACAUCGUCAGAAUGGAUUCAACGUCUCAAAGGACAUUCGCGGACCUACUGCCCAGAAAAUAUUGACUGGCUUAAUGAGCUUGAUAUCACGUAUCCCAUCGCCUAUGCUCGACGUGACAUUCUUGUGAGGCCUACUCCCAAUGCGAAAAGAGACAGCAUCACCAGGAUCCACCAAAAAUUGUUUCCUCGUGUACAGAGCAUAGACAUCAUCGAUAACGCCGCUGUCGCAUUGAAACAUUGUAAAUCUCCUCUACUUCUUGAGGUACCUACUUCGAGUCGCAGCAACAACGCUUCCAACAUCCUCUUCGGCCUUCUUACUACCCUGCCUAACCUCGAGAUAGCAAUCCCACAACUCCGGCGCUGGCUCUCAAAACUAGAUGGUCAAUUGCUUGCUAUCUUGACUGAAGAAGAGCACAAUGGCACACAUAGAACCUCUUCCGCAGAAGCAGACAAAGUAGCGCACCUACAUUCCCAUAUGCAAGAGCUUGGCAUGAACGUGCGAAUCCUUGAAGCCUCCGACUUUAGCAGCAGCUCGCGUGUGGAUUCCCUUUCACUCGUCAAGACUUUGUAUGAAAACCGCAACAACGCGCAAUGGAUGGGCUUGAUUGAUGACGACACGUUCUUUCCUUCCGUCUCUGCUUUGGUAUCAAUACUCUCGCGGCGGAACCCAGAAGAGAAACAUUACAUAGGCGGUCUUCCUGAAGGCUUCAGGGAUGUCAUGCACUACGGAUUAGCAGGUCAUAUUGGUGCGGGUGUUUUCAUCUCUAUGCCUUUGGCGCAAACGAUGGCGAACAGUUACGAACAUUGCACUCAAGUGACGCAAAACAGUAUCGAACAACGGAAGAUAAUGGAAUGCAUAAACGAACUCUCGGAGAUAAAAUUGGCUUAUGAGCGCAGUCUGUAUCCGCUCAAUCUUACUGGAGACCUCUCCGGCUUCUUCGAGAGUGGGCGCUUGCCCACCUCUCUCCAUAAUUGGAAGCCUACGUCCACGUCGAAAGAUAUUUAUGAUUUGCCGCUCGCGCACCAGAUUGCAGAUAUUUGUCAGGAGUGCUUUCUGCAAAGGUGGCGAUUUAACGACGAUAUAAUUCUUACCAACGGCUACUCAAUAUCACGCUAUCGUAAGGACUUUCUCAAAGAUAUAAGACUUGAUCGCAUGGAGCACACAAUGGACGAUGUUGCUACUCAUGAAGCAUCCAACAACGCCGGCCUCGACCAUUCAUUAGGGCCAACAAGGCCGAAGUUAUCCCCAAAUGAAGGAAAGGCUCAACAUAGACUUAUUCAGUCGAAGGUCGUGGAUGGUGGUUUGAGACAGUCGUAUUACCAUCAAGGUCUUGACGGCGGCGUAGAUGGACUGUUGGAAUUGUUUUGGAGAGUUGAAACCUGA